AUGACCGACGAAGAAAAGGAACUCUUGGCCCGCAUCGGGCGACUUGCCGGCCAGAUUAAUCGCCACAAAAACCAGCAGGCUGGCGUACAGUCUGUCGCGACCUCUAGCUACCAUAACAGACACCAAUACCAUCGAAAUGCUGGCGCGCCUUACCCCACGAGAGGGAACCGUGUUCAGCGGCCUCGCCCCCAUCAACAUCGAACCCUUCAUCUUAACGCUCUAGGGACUUCCAGUAAUAAUGAUACUGAUAGUGGGGGUUCGGACAGCGCGCGCUGGGUGACAAAGAACGACCGUCACCGCCAAAUCAUCAACGCGAAUGUGUACGAGAAGGAGAGCCAGAACCGAGCCAAGGCCAUAGAACAAACGAGACAGCGCAAACAAGAUGAGCAUCGUCGUGGGGAAAAGGCUCGCUUCCAUGACUUUUUGACCCAACAGAAUGCGCAUGCCAAUACUGGUGGUAACUCUAAUGCUACGCGCGCAGCCAACAACGAAAUCACGAUUGCGGAUAUUAGAUUCCGAGUCCUUGAUGGCGGGAAGAAACUGGCUAAAAUCAUCGAUGGAUCAAAUGACCUUGCAAAAACGCCUAAAAACACGAUAGUGGCAGGAGUAAAGUUUCACCGAACCAAGACAGGCAACCUCGUCGCAAAUAGGAUUGUUAAAGACCACCGACGGUCUGGAACCGUGAAAAAGGUCAACGAGCCAUGCAAGAUCUUCUCUACGUCCGGUUCUUGUCCGAAGGGGCCCCGAUGUCGAUACAUUCAUGACCCCAACAAGGUGGCGGUUUGCAGAGACUUCCUCAAAGAAGGGAAUUGUAGCCAAGGCAACUCCUGCGAUCUUUCUCACGAGCUUACUCCCGAGCGUGUGCCUGAUUGUUUACACUUUGCCAAGGGCCACUGUGCCAAAUCUGAUUGUCCGUUUACUCACUCUAGCGCACCUCCAGGUGCCCCAGUUUGCAAAUCCUUUGGAUUCCUCGGCUACUGCGAUAAAGGAGCAAACUGCUCAGAGCGCCAUGUCUUUGAGUGUCCCGACUUCAGCAACACUGGCCGCUGUAACACGAAGGGAUGCAAGCUUCUCCACCGUGAGAGGGCAAGCGUCCUCCGUGGGCAAGCAGGCCAGUUUAAUGCCAUGGAAGAAGACGUAUCUAGCGACGAGGAGGCUGCGGACUCUGACGAUGUCGACUCAGACGAAGUGGCUGAAUUUCUUGACGCGGACUCGGACUUGUCUGAUUUCGAGGACCGAAAGGAUUUCAUAGCCCUCUAA